GAGAUCAUCGCUCGUGUAGUUUUGUGCAGAUUUGAUUAGAGUCCCCCCGUUUCCUUGUUUGAAAUCAUAUAAUCGUUGUGAGGGGAAUCAACGCCGGGACCGGGGAAGAACACGCGCUCUUGGGAGAGUGCCUGAGUUUGCCGCACAAGUUUGGAGACCGCACGCUGGCAGGAGAGCGCCCGUUGCGCGCUUUAAACCCAACCACAGCGGGGCGAUUAUUGAAAGGACCUGAAGAUGAAUGACACGGACACAUUUUGCAAAAACAACCACACAGUCAACUUGACUGAUCCGUCGUGUCUGAACUCAACUCUCCCGUCGUACAGCCACAUCGACAUCACCACUUUCAUGCACAUAUUCCCUUCCAUUUACGGCAUCCUGUGCUCAGUUGGAGUUAUAGCCAAUGGACUGGUCAUCUACGCGGUGGCAGCAUGCAAGAAGAAAAUGGUAUCAGACAUCUACGUGCUGAACUUGGCCAUAGCAGACAUGCUCUUCUUGCUUGUGAUGCCCUUCAACAUUCACCAGCUGGUCAGGGACAGACAGUGGGUCUUCGGGAACUUUAUGUGCAAAGCAGUUGUGGUGGUGGAUGUCAGCAACCAGUUUACCACAGUGGGAAUUGUAACUGUGUUGUGCAUUGAUCGGUACAUAGCCAUAGUCCACCCCACCUCGGAGAAGAGGACCAUCCACUGGACCAUUAUGAUCAACAUGCUAGUGUGGCUUGGCAGCUUCCUCCUCACCGUCCCGGUCAUGAUGUACGCCAAGGUUGAGCGCAGGCAGCAUUUGGAGGUCUGCAUGAUGUACCUGGACGGGCCUGAGGACAUGUACUGGUACACUUUCUACCAGUCUAUCCUGGGCUACAUCAUCCCUCUCAUCAUCAUCAGCACCUUCUACUCCCUCACCCUCUACCACGUUUUCAGCUCUAUCCGCCGGGUGAAACGUAAACAGUCCGUUUGGGCUAAAAGAGCCACCAAGAUGGUGCUGAUGGUUAUCGCACUGUUCCUGGUCUGCUGGUCGCCGUACCACGUCAUUCAGGUGAUCAACCUGAGCAACAGUACACCAACUAUCGCCUUCGUCUACGCCUACCACAUCAGCAUCUGCCUCAGCUACUCCCACAGCUGCAUCAACCCGCUCAUGCUGCUCAUCUUCGCCCAGAACUACCGUGAGCGUCUUUGUCGCAGGAACGUGCUGCACAGCUCCCAGCACUCAUCCAAGCUCACGGUGGUCAAAACAGAUGGUUCCAGUACGACCAAUGACCCCAGCUACCGCUGUACUGUUGUCUAAUGGGAAAGACGUGUCAUUUUGUAGAUACACAUAUAAAUGUUUUGCUGCUCACCUCAAAAGGAAGUAGCUUGAUGAACAGUGUUGCCCGUGAUGCAUUAUUCCCCAGCUUUUUCAUAUCCGGAAAUUAAUACCAUACAAAAAAAAAACUGGGUGUAAAGCAUGAGCAGCAACGUCAACCAUGACUGUGCUGGAAGUAAAGAAGUAAAAUACAGGUCAUGUCAAAGGUUUUCAGCAGAAAACUAUAAGGAAAGAGAAACAGAUCUUCUGCUCAGAGAAAAGCAAGCCCAUUUAAAAAGGAAAGUGACUGUCUCUGAGCCAAAACUAGAGGGAAUUUCAGCACUGACUUCAAAGAUGCACAGAUGAGAAGGGACGCGGAGGAGCGACUCAGGUGUGGCUCUUUUCUAUUUUUUUUUCUUCUGGACUGGGAGCUUUCAUUAACCUUUGUCAACCACAGGCUACAUCCAGUGUCAUUCUGGUCAGUCACACCGCCGAAGGGCAGCUUGUGAGGUCUGUCAGUGGCAAACAUUAACACGUUUGAGUCUGAAAUAUUGUGAUGUUCACUAGUCUUUCACUAGGAGAUUAGACAGCUUCCUGAGGGCUCAAGAUGAAAAUUAAUUCCACUUCAUAGCUGUUAGAGUCGUUUAAUGGAAAAUUUUAGCUCCGCACGUUGUGACGUCUUCAGUCUGAACAGAUGUGACCUGUGGCAAAACAGUUACUGGAGCCACUUUCUAAUAAGAAAGCCUCUGAAGAUCUUAAGUAAGGACUUUUAUGUUGUAAAAAAAUGGCUUUAUUGCGGUUAAUAAAUAAUGUAGUAGAAGCAGUUAGUAAUGACAAAUUAUGGCAUUUUGAAUUGCUCCAAAUCUAACUGGCAGGAAUUUUAUCAUUUCUACUUUGUAAUAAUGCUGUUAUAAAUGUUGGUAAACCAGACUGCAGUUAGUUAAAUGGUAAUUAAGUUUGAUUUUAAAGGUUUGGUUUGUUUUGUAAGUGUUAAUAAGUUGUCAAUAAAGUAAUUUUGGUCCAAAUCAUCUGCCAAACAACAGUGAUCUAGUUUUUUCUCAACUUGGCAGCCCUUUUUAAUCGGCUCAUAACUGAUCUAUACAGAAUUAGAAUAUGGUUUGUUAACAAUUAAUAAAGCCAUUAUUUACAAUUCACUGAUAAGAAAGUUGUACCCAGUCAACUAAAAUAUACGAUUGUAGGGGGAAAGUUGGGGGGAAAAAAUAGAAAGCAUUGAUGAAAAAAAAAGUGUCAGUUUCUUGGUUGUCAGGACAUAAGAUAAACAUUUCACAGCUGAUACAAACAACUGCAAGUGCGUCAGUUUUACUUGUUUUUAUUUUUCUCAUGACAAAAGUCAGUAAGAUCACUACAAAUUGCUGACUGUUGCCAAGGUAAGUACUGUAUCUCAUGAGUAUUUGCUAAUAACCGACAUGUUCUUAUACUUAAUGCAGCUGAACGGUUAGCACAAUGUUUGCUAUAAAUAUAGUAAUGUUUGAAGAGAAAUAGUGGCGGAUCAUAACACACACACACACACACACACACAGUCUUUACACCCAAUGUCUCACCAAAAUAAUAUAUGUCAGACAUUCACAGUUUUUUUUUAUCUUUGUUCAUUUAUCUAAGUCCUUAAGCCUCCUGAUAUAUAGUUAUUCACGUAUAUAUCCCACCUUCACCAUAAGAGUCAACUACACAAAGGCUUCUGAAAGGCAAGAAUAAACACAGCAAUGGGCAACUAUAUACUGACUGGUUUGUUAAUAAGGAGGAAAGUUGGUGAAACUGAUAUUGAUAUUAUAUGUUAUUGAUAUUAUAUAUUGAGUUAGAUGGUGUUGGUUGUAUUCAUUUGCAGAGUACUGUGGUGGUUUUCUCUUGUCCUAUUUACUGUACAAUCUCCUUCAGAUUGUGACUGUUGUUGUUUGUCGCAUUUUCA